AUUAAAAAAUUAUAGAAAUUAUAUAUUAAUAAUCUAUAUGUUAAGACAAAUCAAACAAGAUCACACAUGACUAUAUUUAGGCUUACACAUUGAGAGAAUUUGAUGAGUCAAAGUGCUUAGAUGAACAGUUCCAAAAGUCAAAAGUGGACGAAUAUAGCGGGACGGAGCAGCAGAUUUUCAAGAAUUUCAGAAACAGAUCGACGUCCAGAUGCUCUCACACACAUCCGCCAGGCAAACCCUAAACCACAACGUCAAACAGUUGCAGCGUCAAGUGGAGUCCGUGUUGGCACGAUCGGCUAGUAACCCAUCCUCUGCCGGGGGACCUCGCACGCUGGAAACAGGGUCUCUCUUGUCCAAGUUAAAAUUGGAGAUGCCCAAAACUGAUGGCAGUGACCCGUUGGGGUGGCUGUUUAAGGCUCAUGAGUUUUUUGUCUUCUAUGCCGUACCCGAGGAAUCCCGGCUAGCCGCCGUAUCUCUUAUGUUGGAGGGACCGGCCUUGGAUUGGUUUCGAUGGCGCCAACGCAAUUAUCUUUUGCGUUCGUGGGGGGAUUUCAUCACGAAGUUCAAACUUCGGUUUGACCCAUUGAGUUAUGUGGAUUAUUUUGGGUUGCUCUCCAAGGUUCAACAAACUGGAUCGGUCUUGGAGUACCAACAAGCCUUUGAGAAGGUAUUGGUUAACGUUACGGGAGUGGACGAGACCAACCUCCAAUCUCUCUUUCAUGCCGGCCUCAAACCGCAUCUCCAACACGAGGUUAUGAUUCUUAAACCGGAUUCUUUAUCGGCAUCCUUUGCUCUUGCUCCUGAAUUAGAAGUCAAGUAUUCGGCAUGGACUUCAUCUCUUCCGUCCAAACUGCCGUUCCAGCGGGACUAUGCAGGGCCGAAAACCCCCCAGGCCCCUCCUCCGUUGCUGCCACCUCCGGGACAGAAACCGCCGCCGGGUGUCAAAAGUACAGCCCCACCGCCGAUACGUCAACUCUCUUAUGCAGAAAAAAAGGAACGGGACUUCAAAGAUGUCGCUGCCUUCCGCGUUUAUGUUGGGAACGGCGCGUCACUACUGUGUAAACAGCGCUGCUCCGAGGAUCUGUUUCGGCGGAUCGAUCCAAGCAUAGGGAUCGAUCACCUGGACUUAAAAGGCGCAGAUACUCUUUUACGGAGGAUCGAUCUCCUUGGAUGGAUCGAUCACUCUGACUUACGGGUUUCUCGUUCUUCUCGUGCUCAAACCCUAGCCACCAUGUCGGAUCGUCGAGGAAGUAAACGUUUGCGCACAAAAUCUCAUGAAGCCCUGUCCACCACGCCCGUGCUUCGAUUACCAGAUUUCUCCCCCUUUGUGGUGGACACGGACGCUUCAGCUACUGGGAUCGGGGCCGUACUUCUUCAGGUCGAGCAACCAGUGGCGUAUUUCAGUAAAAAAUUGGGUCCCCGACGACUGGCCGCGUCAACGUAUCAUAAGGAGCUCUAUGCCAUCGUGGAGGCCGUUCAAAAUUGGCGCCAAUAUUUGUUGGGUAGGGAAUUCUUGAUCCGGACUGAUCAACGAAGCUUACGGGAACUACUCCACCAAGUGAUUCAAACUCCGGAUCAACAAUUCUACGUCCGAAAGCUUUUGGGAAGAUUCGGGUGCAGAUUCGGGACAAUCUUGGCUUUGUCUCAGCCACUGCCGGACAUCAUAGAGCAGAUUCGGGCCGAGAACAGUACCCAACCCGACCUGCUGCACCUACACCAAGCUCACCAACGUGGCACCCUCCAGCCCCCGUUCUCCAUCGUGGAUGGACUGCUCCUCUACAACACCCGUUUAUGCAUUGGGGCCGAUUCACCCCUACGGCAGGUUCUUCUCCGGGAGUACCAUGACACGCCAACGGCAGGUCAUGCGGGCGUCCACCGUACAUUUUUCAGGCUGGCCACUUCGUUUUAUUGGCCUCGCAUGCGGUCAGAGGUCCGGGCAUAUGUUGCAGCAUGCCAUACAUGUCAAACGACCAAGUUUUCAACGCAACCGCCUGGCGGGUUGCUCCAGCCCCUCCCUGUUCCGCAGCAAAUCUGGGAGGAUGUCACCAUGGAUUUCAUCACAGGGCUUCCCCCUUCCCGAGGAUCCUCUGUUAUUUUGGUGGUCGUCGACAGGCUCUCCAAGUAUGCCCACUUCGGUCCUCUUCCGGGUGAUUUUGAUGCUCAUCGCACAGCGUUUCUAUUUGUGGACAUGGUCAUCAAAUUGCACGGGUUUCCUCGUUCGAUCGUUUCGGAUCGUGACAAGGUUUUCACGAGUACAUUUUGGCGGGAAUUACAUACUCUCAGUGGCACCACUCUCCAUCAUUGCACCGCCUUUCACCCGCAAACCGAUGGUCAAACGGAGGUGAUGAACCGCACGUUAGAGCAAUACCUCCGGGCCUUCGUGCAUGCCAGACCGAAAUGGUGGACGGUCCUCUUACCUUGGGCAAAAUACUCCGUGAAUACCAGCCUCCAUGAGGGUCUGAAAAUGACACCAUUCCAAGCCGUCUAUGGUCGGCCUCCGCCGGACCUCAUCCCAUAUCGACGGGGUGCAAGUCGAGUUCCAGCAGUUGAUGAAGUUUUGGCCGAACGCGACGAAUUGCUGCGCAUGUUACGUGCAAACUUGGCAGCCGCGCAACAGCGGAUGAAGACCCAUGCCGAUGCCCAUCGACGGGACGUGGCAUUUAAGGUGGGGGAUCUGGUCUUACUCAAAUUGCAGCCUUAUCGGCAACAUUCCGUUGCUCGGCGCACCUGUCAAAAGCUUUCCCUCCGUUAUUAUGGGCCGUUUGAGAUCUUGGAGCGCAUCGGGGAGGUCGCCUAUCGUUUGAAAUUGCUGCCGUCGUCUCGCAUUCACCCUGUUUUCCAUGUGGCAGUGUUGAAGCCUUACAAGGGGCCUUCGGCCGACAUCACUCCCUUACAACUGCCCGAGGAGCUGGAGGGUGGCCGUGUGCCCUCGCGGCCGGUUAGCAUUCACGCCUCUCGUCGUGUUUUACAUGCAGGUCAUCCGGUAGAUCAAGUGCUUGUUCGUUGGAGUGAUGGUUCCCUUGAUGAUGCAACGUGGGAACAAGCCGACCAGAUACGACGUCAAUUCCCCGAGUUGGACCUUGAGGACAAGGUCGUUCCUCAAGCGGUGGGGAAUGUUACUGAGUCACAGCCACCAGAGCGCAAAAGCACUCGCGUUCGUCGUCGUCCAGGAUGGUAGCGUGAGUACGAGAUGGAGUAAUAUUCUAUUUUAUUAUCAUUCAUUAUUGUAACGUAGAUUUUUAGUAGAUUAAUAUUAUCCCUCUUAAAUCUUUAUAUUAAAUAUACUAUUAUAAUCUUUACUAGCAUAAAGAUUAUAGUAGACUCCGGAGAUUGUUCGUGUUUCAAAGUUGGAGGCCGGACGCUUGAACGGCUACGUUUGCUCCUUCAACAUCUUUUGCCCGACUUCUCGUUCAUACCGCUUUAUCGAAGAAGGUAUAAGUUUCUAUCUCUAGCUAUAGUUUUAGUACGUGUUCUUGGACUAGUAAUCACUUUUGGGAGAUUAAAUUUUUGUAUUUCCGCUGCCCUCCCAACCGUGGUUCCCUUUCACCAAGAUUUACUGAUUUGUAUACAUAUUAUAUACACAAAAUGAGAUAUCAAACAGAAUGACUCAUUUCAGAUAUUUCGAACACUUUUUAAGUGCAUCCUUUCCAUGCACAUAUUGUUUGCAUGCAUUUGGAAACAAAAUGCUUAUGGAACAUUAUUUACAUAUUAACAAAAAUAAAAGUUUUCACUUUGUUUGAUACAAUAAAAUAAACUAAAUGAUUUUUUGACUAGAUCUUUAGUCCAAGAUUUGAAAAAUAUAAUAGAUGAGCAUAAUAUUUUAGCACAUACUUUCAGAAGAGUUAAUUAAGUGAGGUUGUUGAGGAGUAGAACUAGAUAAACCAAAAUCUCCAAGUAUUAAAUUAGGACAAGACAAAAUUUGACAUAUGUAGAUUUCUCAUGAUAUUUUGUGUACAACAAGUCAACAACAAGGAGGGGAAAUGCUUCUUCAGGCAACGAAGACCAUCAUAGGCUAGCUACAAUAUGUGUGCCAUGCCAACAGGAACCAAAAAGUUAUACUACUUGAGAAUAUUAUUAAUUAUAAUUAUGUGAAAUUUGCACUAAAUAGGACUAAAACAUAAUGACUUUCCUAAUGUAGGACUUAAACUUUUUUAUUCCCCAAAUAGGACUUAUUAAUGACCUAGUGGAAGGAAUAAUGUCCAGUAACGAUGGACAUUUAGUUGAAUAAUGACUACUUGAUAAUGACCAAAGGUCCUACAUUGGGAAAUAAAAACAUAUGGUCCUAUAUUGGGAAAGUCAUUAUGUUUUAGUCCUAUUUAGGUAAAUUUUUCUAUAACUAUCUAGCGAGGAUGUAAAAGUUAUGAGAGCUAAAGGAUAGUUAAGAAUGUUGUACAUAUCUCAUUUGAGGAAGCAUGUAAAGUAUUUGGGUUAUUAACCGAUAAUAAAUUAUUUAUUGAAUGUAUGAAAGAGGCUGCUGAGCUAAGGUCUAGGAGUCAGCUAAGAAAGUUGUUCGUCACAUUAUUACAAAUAUCAUAAGCAGCUCAUAAAUUAUUUCAGAAGAAUCAAGAGAACUCUUGGUC